UUUGAAUUUCCCAUGUGACGUCAUUAAGCCGCGCCGCUCCCGCGUGUGUUGUGAUUCGUGAAGCGGCUGGAGAAAGAAGCAUUGCUGUAUGUCUGAACGGCUACUGAAGUCAACUCGCAGAGCUUUAGGUGAUUUAAAGCCAUAAACGACUGACUCCCUCGCAUCACCAGGAGCUGUUUGGGGGAAAAAAACGUUAAAGAUGGCGUUUAUUAAAGAGGAAAGUGAACAUCUGCGGAUUACAGAAGUGUUCACGCUGAAUCAUGAAGAUCCUGGGGAACAAACAGGUUGGAUGGUGCUAAAAGAAGAGACUGGAGAACUUAAUGGAAUAGAGGAAAUGGAUCAGUAUAAGAGACGAGAUUUACAAACUGAUGAAAAAUCCACAGGAGAUCAGGAAACCGAAUAUAAAUUCAAGUGCUGUCACUGUGGGAAGCAUUUAAGACAUAGACAAAACCUUGAAAUCCACAUGAGCGUUCACACUGGAGAGAAGCCGUUCACCUGCAAGCAGUGCGGGAAGUGUUUUUCUCUAAAUCAAAACCUUCAAUCUCACAUGAGAGUUCACACCGGCGGGAAAGAUCUUACCUGCCACCAGUGUGGAAAGUGUUUCACUCGAUUCCAAAACCUUAAAGUUCACAUGAGAAUUCACACUGGUCUGAAGCCGUUUACCUGCCCAAAAUGUGGAAAGGGUUUCAGUCAAAAGGCACACGUUAUAGACCACAUGAGAGUUCACACUGGAGAGAAGCCUUUCAUCUGCCAAAAGUGUGGAAAGGGUUUCACUCAGAAGCAAAACCUUCAUGUUCACAUGAGAAUUCACACUGGAGAGAAACUUUUUAAUUGCCAACAAUGUGAUAAUAGUUUUACGCAGAUAAACAGCCUGGAUAACCACAUGAGAACUCACAAAGGUCUAAUGGUGCUGAAAGAAGAGACUCGAGAACUUAAGGAAAUGGAGGAAGUAGAUCAGCAUAAGAAACACAGUUUAAGGACUGAUAAAAAAUCCACAAAAGGAAUUCAGGAAACCAAAACCUAUAUGUGCUGUCAUUGUGGAAAGGGUUUCUGUCAUGAAAAGAACCUUGAAAUCCACAUGGGAGUUCACACUGGAGAUAAGCUGUUCACCUGCAAACAAUGUGGACAGGGUUUCAAUCAAAUUCAAAACCUUGAAGUCCACAUGAGAACUCACACUGGCCAGAAGCCGUUUACUUGCCAAAAAUGUGGAAAGGGUUUCAGUCAAAUUCAGAACCUUGAAGUUCACAUGAGAACUCACACUGGCCAGAAGCCGUUUACUUGCCAAAGAUGUGAAAAGGGUUUUAGUCAAAAAGCACAUCUUAUGGACCACAUGAGAGUUCACACUGGAGAGAAGCCUUUCAUUUGUUACAAGUGUGGAAAGGGUUUCUCUCAAAAGCAAAACCUUCAAGUUCACAUGAACCUUCACACCGGAGAGAAACGUUUUAAUUGCCAACAAUGUCAGAAAAGUUUCUCUGUAAAACACGCUCUUAUAAUGCACAUGAGAGUUCACACUGGAGAAAAACCUUACACUUGCUCUGGAUGUGGAAAGGCUUUUAAACAGAAAAGCAGCCUUAAUAGCCACAAUAAAACUCACAAACAUUAGAGACCUUUCACCUGGCAACUGUGGAAAAAGUGUCCCUGCAAAACAAGGUUAUUGUUUUCAUGUGUAACACUUUUACCACACCAAACUUGUGUUGUUUUAUUGUUAAGGAAAGAGCUGGAACUGUCAGAAUCUAGAAAAAUGAUUGAUAUCGUGUCAUUGAUAUGCAAAGAUUUUCAAUCUCUCAACUGAAAUUUAUGAAGUGAUUCAGGACAAAAUCUACCUUCAAAAUUCUACCUUCAGAUCUCAAACAUGACAUAUCAUGCUCUCUAAAGCCCUGUGUGACUUCAGCCACGAUUAGAUCGUCUCAGACAAAUUUGGGAAAUCCCAUAAGAAACCAAGAAUCGGUAGGAGGGCAGAAUCUGAUUAUGCAAUCAGCAUGGCAACUUCAAACCACUCAUUCGGGCUGAUUCUUAAUAUGCAUUCUUCAGCGAUCUUGCGUCCUCAUGUUCUCGUGUAACGUCAUCAACCAUGAAAGUUCAGUUCCAAAACUCAAGACCACAAGAACGGAGGACACGUGAAGGUUUCUGGAUGUGUUCUUGAUAUUGAGGAUGCGUGGAUGCAGACUUGAGUGGAAAACUCGCUGGAGAAGUCCCAGAAGUCAUUGCAGCUGAAUAAAGGAGGUGGAAAGCACAGCAUUCUAUACCUGUUUAUUAUUGAAUUUCACAAAUAUAACUUAUUUACCUAAGGAAUUUCCCUAAAUAAGACGAUGAAAGUAAACAUUGACAUGAUAAUCUUAAUAAAGGCAAAACCACAUUAAGGGUGUUUAUUUGCUUAAAUUUAUAUUGAAAAACUGUUUUAUUUGUAUUGAGCAAAGAACAGUCAGGUACGUACAUAUUGGGACAUCGACACAACUUUUAAAUUUUUGGCUCUAUACAACAACACAAUGGAUUUAAAAUAAAAGAAAUGUGCUUUAACUGCAGACUUUCAGCUUUAAUUUGAUGGUAUUUACAUCCAAACAUCCAAAUCAGGUAAACGGUGUAGGAAUUAUAACAGUUUGCAUAUGUUCUUCCCACUUGUUAAGGGACCUAAAGUAAUGGGACAAUUGGCUUCUCAGCUGUUCCAUGGCCAGGUGUGAAUUGUUAGAAUGUGUCGAUGUCCCAAUAUUUAUGGACCUGACUAUAUUUGUAAGGUUUUAUGCAUGAUAUAUAUAUUGAAAAGGGGGAAAACAAUAAAUUGUUGUAUGAAUGCUGUAA